AUGGCCUCGAUCUCAGCCAAGAUGUUCUACAGCCAAGCCCGAAAUAAAAAUGGACAAGGGUCCAUUUCUUUGUCAAAAGCAGAAAGACUGCUGAAUGCAAUAGUAGGAGAGAACUCUGAUGUGGAGGAGCUGUCUGAUGGUGAAGAAGCUGAUCCUGGUGUGGAACUACUACAUGAUAAAGAUUAUAUUCCACCUGAUUUAUCAGAAUCUGAUCAGCAGAGCAGUGAUAGUGACAGUGAGCCACCACCAUCCACAGAAUGUGCACGUAAACGUAAGCGUGGUAGAAGUGUUGAGCCAGGAUCUAGCAAGAAUACAAGUAAAGUGCGCUGGAAGUCAAGUGCCUUCACUCCAGACAUAGUGCAGUUUGAGGCUGAAGAGGAAACUCUGCAUGAGAGACAUAACUGGCAGCCACUGGACUAUAUGGAGCAUGCCUUGAGAAUCCCUGCCAUUAGUGACAAACUCAAGCGUGACAGAUUUUUCAAACUGAGGAAACAUCUGAAAGUAGUCAUUGAUAGUGACAUUUCUGAAGACAUGAGGAAAGCUGACAAAUUCUGGAAGACCAGGCCCUUUAUCGAUCGCAUCCUCAAAGGCUGCUUGCUUCAGGCUCGACCAGAAUGUGUAUCAAUUGAUGAGCAGAUGAUCCCAUUUACAGGAGCUUGCCCAUUUCGACAGUAUGUGCCACUAAAGCCCAAUCCAGUUGGCAUGAAAAACUUUGUGCUGGCUACAGCAGGUGGCAUUGUGCUGGACUUUGAAGUCUACCAAGGUGCAAACUCACUGAGAUCACAGAUCCAGGAUGCAGAGGAACUUGGUUUGGGAGUACUGGUUAUUGCACGUCUGGCUAAAACUCUACACCCUGGCACAAAGGUAUACUGUGAUCGGUUCUUCACAUCCAUGAAAGCUGUAGAUCAAAUGCUGGAGAAGCAGGUGUACCUAACUGGUACAAUAAUGAAGAACCGGGUCACUGAACCACUGCAGAAGCUACCAAGUGACCAAGACAUGAAAGAGCAAGGACGAGGUGCCUCAGCCUCAGUUACCAGAGGAGAUGGCAAGGUUUGUGUGGUGAAGUGGUAUGACAACAAAGCAGUUUUGAUGCUUUCCACUGUUCAUGCUGAACAGCCAGAAGAUGUGUGCCAGCGAUGGUCCAAGAAAGACAAGCAAUAUGUGUCUGUCAUGCGACCAAGUAUUGUGCGCGAGUACAACACCAAGAUGGGCGGGGUUGACUUGACAGACAGGAUGAUGAGCUACUACCGAAUGAGUGUCCGAACCAAGAAGUGGACCAUUCGAAUGCUGAUGCACUUCCUUGAUCUUGCUUUAGCCAACAGCUGGCUAUUAUAUCGCCAAGACAACACUCUGUGUGGCACACCAAAAAGAGACAUGAUGCAGUUUCUUCAGUUUCGCAUGACAGUGGCUCAGGCAUACUUGAGCAAGUGUGGCACUGCUGUUGAAGAUGCACAAGAAGAGAAUGCACACCCUUUGCAACAAGGAAGCAGACAUCAGAUCACCCCAGUACCGCAUGUCUCAAUCCGAACAACUUCUACAAAACAUCUUCCAGAGAUGGUCAACCUGAAAAACCCAAUGCGUUGCAGACAAACAGGAUGCUCAGGGAAAUCACGUGUCCGAUGUAUGACAUGCAACAUGUUCCUGUGUUUGCAAACUGAACGUAACUGUUUUGCAGCUUUUCACAAAGGUCCAUAG